AAAACGGCGCUUUCUUUAGACGCAACAGGUGGUCAAGCGCUCUUUGUUUUCUUCCUCUGCACAUUGGUUAGCAUUUCAUUGCAGAAAAAUAACAAAUAUUCAUAUUUUAUACUCAUGGAGCAAAUUUAAUAUGUUAAGGUCCUUCAAAUAACUAGUCUCUGCGACUCACUUCACCUCUCUAUCAUUUUUUGAGGGAUUACGUGGAUAUUACAGUUUUGCUAGCGAACGUUAACGUUAAGUUCCCAAACACUCUUCAGCAUGGACUUGUAUCACGUUUUGGAGAUGAUAGGAGAGGGCUCGUUUGGACGAGUGUAUAAAGGACGUAAAAAGUUCAGUGGCCAAGUCGUGGCACUAAAGUUUAUCCCCAAGGUGGGCCGUUCUGAGAAGGAGCUGCGCAAUCUCAAAAGGGAAAUUGACAUCAUGAGGGGACUUGAACAUCCGAACAUUGUCCUGCUCUUAGACAGCUUUGAGACCGAAAGAGAGGUUGUUGUUGUGACAGAGUAUGCAGAGGGAGAGUUGUUCCAGAUCCUUGAAGAUGAUGGUAACUUACCAGAGUGCCAGGUCCGUGAUAUUGCCUGCCAGCUGGUCUCUGCCUUGUAUUAUUUGCAUUCCCAUCGGAUUCUCCACCGUGACAUGAAACCACAGAACAUUCUGCUGGGUAAAGGAGGGGUGGUGAAGCUGUGUGAUUUUGGAUUUGCUAGAGCAAUGAGUGUGUCCACGCUGGUCCUGACCUCCAUCAAGGGGACGCCCCUCUACAUGUCCCCAGAACUGGUAGAGGAGAAGCCCUACGACCACACAGCCGACCUCUGGUCUCUGGGCUGCAUCCUCUAUGAGCUCCACACGGGGGCGCCACCCUUCUACACCAACUCCAUCUUUCAGCUGGUCCAGCUCAUAGUCAGAGACCCGGUCAAGUGGCCGGACACCAUGAGCCAGACCUGCAUGACUUUCCUGAAAGGUUUGUUGACCAAAGACCCACAGAAGAGGUUGUCGUGGCCACACCUCCUAAAACACCCAUUUGUUGCUGAUGGAGUUCUAGUUCUCUCAGCCCCCGUUGUGUCCAGCCCGCUGACAGUGGCCGCCAGCCCAGACCUGCAGGUGCUGAAACUCCAGCAGGCAGUACAGAAAGCAGCGCCACAUGGUGGAGAGGGGAGGUUACUGCGCAAGGCCAGGGAACAGAGGGACAAGAGGAGCAGACAGGUGGGAAACGGAAAGACUGAAUCAUCUAGUCGGGCACUUUCAAGGACAGCCCCUGUAGUGAAGCCCCUAUCCAAAGACAGUCUGGUGGCUCCCUCAGAUGGUUUGGAUCAAGAUCUGUCACAAUUAACCGCCAAUCUGAGCCUUACCCCAAAACAGUCUGCCAUUGAGAUUUCCACUAACAGGGGUUUCCCCCGUGUCCCCAGCAGAGGUCAGAUCAGCCGGGACUACGAACAGGAGUUCCCCUCUGUGGAGGUUGGGCCCCGACAGGCCCUGAGGCGACCUGAGACUCAGGAGCGGGGCCAGGCCAGGACCAGCCUGAGUGCUGUGAGGCUCCACAGCCAGGAUGUUGACAGUGAUGAGGAGUGGGAGAGGUUGAUCCAGCAGACCUCCGUUUCCAGUGGCCAAUCCAUUCGAAUCAUACCUCGAUUGAAAGAGAAGUUGCUGACAUCCAAAACCUUGCUAUUGGAUGGUAUCCUGGAGGGGGCAUGUCAGAUCCGUCAGCCACUGAAGGUCCUGUCCAACCUGAUCUUGACCUCCGACUCAGAGGACUCCCAUCGACUUAGACAGGAAGUUGGACUACCUCAUUUCCUGUUCAACCUAGUCCAGGAUAUUGUGGAGAAUCCAGUGGUCAUUAAGCAACCAUGGAGUGUGACAGUACUGGGGGAAGUUAUUGUUCUACUCUUGAACUAUUGGGAGAAGCACCGUGACUGGCAACAAGCAGAGAACAGACUGGAAGAUUACACCAUGCCCUUUUUCAAGAUUCUUCUUCGGCCUGACCCUAACCCAUUGGCACCUCUGGCUGCAGCCAUUCUGGCCAUAUUCAGCCAGUGUGGAGUCUCUGUGGUUGUUAGCAUGGACAGUAUCACUGCCCAGCUCAACAAGCUUCUCUCAGACUCCGAUGAGCCACGCGUCCCGUUACCAUCAGGCUGGGGGUUCUGUGAUGGCUUCUUGUCAUUGGUUCUCCACACCCUAACUGAGGUUAAUUGUGCCUGCAUACAUUUGUCAAUAACAAAAAAUAUUCUGAUCCAUUUAAAAAAAGAUCCCCUUUUAUUCUCUGAACAGCAUGAAAGUCCUCCACACUCUGCUUCUUUGGAUCCAAGCAUUCUGCGCCUCCUGUGGGUGAAAGUUGGUACUUCACUGGAGAAAACAUCAGCCAGAACAAAGUUCUGCUCCUCAAAUGGACUGUAUGUGUUCCUGUCCCUCGCCCUUUUUGUCCUUACCAGGGACCCGUACUGCUGUGUUCCCCUGUUCUCAGACAGCGACACAAACUGCAUACUCACCCUAGGCCACCUGCUAACCACUGAUUGUGUUUCCAGGCCGUCUGACGAGACUCACGGCCAGCUUUGGGGUUGUGACUCCAGUGUGAACAGCCUAUCAGUGUUGAGCUGCCACCUGCUGUGUUUCCCCUUUGCCCUGGACCUGUCCUCAGAGACCAUGGACAGACUACUCCAGCUGUACCACAGCGCUGGCAUUGUCUCUGGCCUGCUGCAGGUUAUCCAGUCCGUUCCUCCGUCUCUCCUGGAACUGCCUCUCUCUCUGCUAUGUCGCUUACUGCUGUGUGACCCCGGCCGCUCUGUCCCCUGCUUCACAGCCGCCGCCAGGGCCCAAGGCUUCUUCUCUCCACCCAGCAGUGACCCCAAGGAGGAUAGAAGAGACCAGGCCCCAGCCUCCAGGGUCAGGGACCAGGCUGGGCACUCAGUGUCUGUAUCUAGGACUGCCAGCUCCCUUCUCUCUGACCUGCUAAAGUCUGAAAGUGAAGCCCUUUGGGGGUCGGCCGUGGAGCUCUUCACCUUACUAUCCCAGGUUGCCCGCUGCUCCCCCAGGUCCCGACCCUCCACCCCUCAUCUCUACCUGGAGCCUGCUCCCCUGCACCAGGCCCUGGCUCACCCAGACGACAGGGUCAGAGCUGCUGCCUGUAGCCUGCUAGGUAACCUGGACCCGUUUACACCUCAUACUCCUCCCUCCACCAGUGACCCACAAUGGACCCGGCUGCAACCCGCCAUCCUCAGAGACAUAAUUGGCUGUCUCCACGACCCCUCCACGUCCGUACGGAGGAUGGCCUGCAAGGCCGUGGGCAAUUGGCUGGGGCUUAUUGGAAAGGCAGAGUUUAGAACACGGAGAGCCAAAGGGAGAGAGAACAGUAGUGCCCCUAUUAUAGCCCGGGACAGGAAGAAGGGCAAGCCAGACAAGACUGUGUCCACCCAGUCCCAGGUAGGAGACGGAGGAGACUCAUCCACAACACUCAAACAGCAAGUAGCAGACCAGGGGGAUGGACAUGGAUGGGUCGCGGAAGCCAAUUGGGCAACAACUGAGCUACUCUCCCUCAUAGCGGACCCUGAUGCCCUGACGCGCCGCCACUGCUGCGCUGCCCUGGGCAAUAUGGCUGCUGUGGAAGGGGGUGUGGCCUCACUGCUGGAGGGAGACGUGCCCCUUCUCCUCCUACAGGCCGCCUGUACCGACUCCCAGCAUACAGUCCAACAAGCGGCUGUCGCUACCCUGAGCUUAUACAGCCAACAGGAUGCACUACGACAGGCUCUGCUGUCCCUUGAUGCACGUGAGAAACUUCGUCAGGCUUCACAGCAUGUCGCACCUCCACAGUGUGACUACUGUCAGAUCAUCAAGCUGCUAUGAAGUCCAAUGCAGCGAGUGAGAGAAUAGUGUGUCUAUUUGGUAAGAUCAGACUUGUGGAUCAGCCCGUCUGCCUUUGCCUUAAUACCAGGAUUCAAUGUAUAAGCUGGAUGCCGGAUGUUAUAUCCCCUACCCAUAACUCAUCUGUGCAGCACGCUGGUUGAUAAAAUUAUUGCCAUCAAUAUUUUAUGUCUUUGUUUUAGAAGAUAAAAGUACAUUUCAUUACUUUGAGGGAUUGUAAUUUGGGAUAACUUGUUAACAUGUUUUACUCUCUUGAAUUGAAAGGUACGAAAUUGAUUUGUUUAGUUUGGGCAAUGUGUUCUGGACUUGUACAGUGUAAGUCAAGUUUUUUGAGUGUAAUGUAAUUUGUAAUGCUUUGAAUUUGAAUAAAGUAUGUAGUGUCAGCCAAUCAUAAAUUGAUAGUUUUUGUUUAACUAUGUAAAAAGGUAGUUUUCAAGUAAUUCUUGACGAAGACUUUUGAUUUGUUAUGCACUGGUAUUAAUAAACCCUCCUGUGUGUAAUGACAAGG